AUGAAGCUUCCCAGGCUACGUCGACUGUCUAGUGCCAGAGCGCAGGACUCCUUGCCGCGGUCGUCGGAGGCUCAGACACGGCCUUCCUUGCUACUACGUAUCGAUCUCAAACUCACGCUCGCGGCGUGGGCAGUGAUCGAGUUCUUUUGGCGCUUCAACCCGAAGAGGAGGUCUAAUUUCCGCGGUACCGACAUCAGCGAUCAGUUUACGGGAGGCUCAGAGAGUCUUUGGGGUCUCGGCAUGAUUCUGGACGAUGCUAUCAUCAUGGCUCAAGAAGCCAUUGAUGCGUCUCCCGAGCCAAAUGCAGAGCGGCUCUCUCGGCUGGGCAACUACCUCAAUAGACGCUACGACUUGCGCGGGGAAUUGGAUGAUCUAGAGCGCGCCAUUGCAGCGGAAGAACGUGCGCUCGCGCUUACCCCGGAUGGGCAUCCUCAGAAAGCUGCCUUUCUGAACAAUCUGGGCUGCUCUAUGUUUGACCGAUACAGCUUCCUCGGCGAUGUCGAUGAUCUCAAGAGCGCCAUUAGGCUACAGGAACUCGCACUCGACCUCGUUUCAGAUGAGAGUGAUUACAAACCCAGGUGGUUGGACAACCUCGGUUUCUCACGACAAGUCCGUUUCAAUCUCUACAACAAUCUAGAUGACCUCGAAGUUGCCAUUGCGUUACGUCAUCGCGCGGUAGAGCUCAUCGCAGAUGAUCAUCCAACCCGACCGUCUGUGCUGAGCCAUCUUGGAGAAAGCUUAUUGGCACGCUAUAAUGACCUGGAGAACAUACAGGAUCUCGAGAAUGCCAUUAUUGUACAACGCCGUGCAGUUGAUCUCACGAGAGACGGAAAUCCUGAUACGCCAAUAUGGCUCGCUUACCUCGGGAAGGCUCUGCAGGCGCGGUUUGAACGAUUUGGCGACGUCAACGACUUGGAGGAUGCCCUUCAAGCACUUCGCUCCUCGGUCGACCUGACUCCAAAUGACCACGCUGAUAAGGCAAUACGCAGAGACUUCCUUGGCCGCUGUCUGGUAGUACGUUACCGCAUGGAUAAGACGGAGACGUCUUUCAAUGAAGCUCUGUCCUGCUUCAUGGAAGCCACUGAGCAGCCGUUGGGUUCCAGCGAAUGGCGCUUCCCGCCCGCCGAGUCCGCUUUACGACUCCUUGUCCAGAAUCCACAAUUCAGCACGCCUGAAGCGCUGUUACUCGCGCAUUCACGCUUGCUCGGGAUGCUUCCCGAGCUUGUAUGGCUCGGUUACGGAAUCGAGCGCCGUUUAGCGGAGACGCAAUAUUUCAGGAAACUGGUCACCUCGGCUGUAUCUGCAGCCAUUAGCGCCGACGCCUUGCAGCUGGCGGUUGAAUGGCUAGAAGCAGGCAGAUCACUGGUGUGGUCGCAGCUACUAUCCUUACGGUCACCCAUCGACGAGCUGCAGGAGCAGUAUCCCGAGCUCGCUAAGUCUCUUCGGGAUACCCAGCAGCAGCUCCAGAAGUCAGUGAAUACAUCUUUCGUGCCAGAAUCGCGGGCCUUCGAGGGGAUUGAGGGCGUCACGGUGAACCCCAGGGCAGAUCGUCAUCGUCGACUCGCUGUCGAUUAUGACACAAUUUUGAAGACCAUCCGCGGUCAUGCAGGUUUUGAGGACUUCCUCCGUCCCAGGAGGUUCUCUGGACUUGGCCUCUCUCCCGUGCUCGCUCACGGACCCGUUGUGUUCUUGAGCGUGGAUGACGAUCGAUGCGAUGCGCUGGCUGCUCUCCCAGGCGGUGGGAUCACAUUGAUACCCUUACCCAAGCUAUCCUCAGAGCGAGCACAUCAGCUGCAGUCACUCUGGCUCAGGCGUCUCAAAGGAUUGUCGGUCCGCAUGCAAGGGGUCGGCACACUGGAUGCGCUCACAGGGAGCGGCUACGGGCCGCUCCAGCUAUCUGUGCAGUCAGAUACGCGUAGUCCUCGACAUUCGUCUCUAGUAGAGGAUGAUGAUUCGCUCGAUCAACUCCCAGAAUACAUGUGGAAGUGGAUCGUGGGCCCUGUCCUGGCAGCUCUUGGAUUCCUCACCGUUGACACGGGAAGCAAGCUUCCUCACAUCACUUGGUGUCCAACGGGACCCUUAACCCAGCUACCUCUGCACGCGGCAGGCCUCUACAACGUCCCAGAUGGCCCACGUGCCUUCAACUUGAUUGUGUCGUCGUACACACCUUCCCUUGCCGCAUUACAGCGUAGCUAUGAAGGCAUCGCGAGGCAUACACCCGCGCCGCAGAUGCUCGUUGUUACCCAGCCAGCAGCCUUAGGCCAUACACGCCUUCCGAAUACUAUAGUCGAAGGUAUGCGCGUUAAGGAUAUCUUACAAGACGCGCACAUCUCAAGCAAGCUACUCAACCAUGACCAGGCUACCGUCUCUGCCGUCAGGGACGUUUUAGACCAAUAUCCGUGGUUGCACCUUGCUUGUCAUGGCUCGCAGCACCCUCGCGAUGCAACGCGAAGUGCUUUCGCCCUCUACGAUGGUCCCUUGUCCCUUUCAGAUCUCAUGCGCACUGUCGCAGACGACGCAGAGCUUGCCUUUCUUUCCGCGUGUCAGACAGCCGCGGGCGACGCGUCCAACCCCGAAGAGUCGGUACACCUCGCGGCGGGAAUGCUCGCGGUUGGAUUCAAGGGCGUGGUCGCGACGAUGUGGUCGAUCAUGGAUCAAGACGCGCCAGUCGUCGUGGAGGCGUAUUACAAGAAGCUCAUCGAGUUACGAAACACCGGUGUGAUUGAGCAGGGGGAGACGGGCGCAGCCUAUGCGUUGCACGAGGCGGUGGCGCAGUUGAGAGCAAAGGUUGGAGAACGGAACUUCGGGAGAUGGGUGCCCUUCGUGCAUUUCGGCGUCUGA